UUUUUUUGCGACUCCGUUACAAAUACACACUGCUCUCCAGCUCUCUGUGUAUAGACAAAGCCAACCAACCUUGAUCCUCGACGGACUCUUCGAGGCCCUUCCGUACUCUCUCCUUCUCUCUCUCUCUCUCUCUCUCUCUCUCUCUCUCUCUCUCUCUCUCUCGGCCUCUCGAUCUCAGAUCUCAACUUCUUGAGCAUCGGAAAUGCAGAGCGCAACCUUCACUCUCUCACCUUCUCUCCGGCUUCCGAAGCCUCGGAGACAAUCGAGCGCAACUUUGAACCCUAGAUUCGAUCGUAUACGUGCAUCAGUCUCUUCGAAUCCUAACAAUCUCACGCCUCAUAUGAAUGGUACCCUAUCUGCUUCUCUACCUCGCCGAUCCUGGUCUCUCUCUUCAUCUUCUUCUAAUUUCAAGCUCAGGCCAUGGACUUCCAUGCCUUUAGUGGAUUCCGAUGCCGGAACGAGUCGUUUUGAGGUCAGGGCUACUGCAGAGAGCGCUGAGGAGAGCUCUGAGUCUAGCAGCAUGUUUAAAACGCUUGAGCUCGGGGCGUUGUUUGGCCUCUGGUACCUAUUCAACAUCUACUUCAAUAUUUACAACAAGCAGGUCUUGAAGGUGUUCCCAAACCCAGUAACUGUCACUGGAAUACAAUUUGCUGUUGGGACUGUCCUUGUUUUGCUUAUGUGGGGUUUGAAUCUCUACAAAAAGCCAAAAGUUAGCGGUGCACAGCUUGCAGCAAUUCUGCCACUGGCGGUGGUGCACACUUUGGGGAACCUUUUUACUAAUAUGAGUCUUGGGAAAGUGGCUGUCUCAUUCACUCAUACCAUCAAAGCUAGUGAACCAUUUUUCUCAGUUAUCCUUUCUGCCAUGUUUCUCGGGGAGAUACCUACUCCUUGGGUGGUUGCUUCCUUGAUACCAAUCGUUGGUGGAGUGGGACUGGCAUCAGUUACUGAGGCGUCGUUUAAUUGGGCUGGAUUUUGGAGUGCUAUGGCUUCCAAUUUGACAAACCAAUCUCGUAAUGUCCUUAGCAAAAAGGUCAUGGUUAAGAAAGAGGCAAAUAUGGACAACAUUACACUCUUCUCAAUAAUAACAGUCAUGUCCUUUUUCUUGUUAACCCCUGUGGCUAUCUUCAUGGAAGGGGUGAAAUUUACUCCAGCAGCCCUGCAAUCUGCCGGAUUGAAUGUGCAAGAAGUAUACAUUAGGUCUCUUAUUGCUGCACUCUGCUUCCAUGCGUAUCAGCAGGUUUCUUACAUGAUAUUGCAGAGAGUGUCGCCUGUUACCCACUCCGUCGGAAAUUGUGUGAAGCGAGUGGUGGUUAUCGUGAGCUCUGUCCUCUUCUUCAAAACACCCGUCUCACCUAUUAACUCUCUUGGCACUGGAGUAGCGCUUGCUGGGGUUUUCCUGUAUUCAAGGGUGAAGCGCAUUAAAGCAAAGCCGAAGACUGCUUGAGUAUUAUGAUGAGAUUUUGCUCCCAAAUUAAUUGUAGGUCAGGCAGGGAACCUAAAUAGUGUUUUGGAUCUUACUAUUUGCAUUUUUGGUCUUUUUUUGUAAUUUUUUCUUUUCUUCAAAUUUUCAUGUGGACCACAUAAUGAGAACUAUUCUCCGUUAUCUUCGGGUUUCAAUUGUAAUUGAAUUUUUCCAGGGGUUCUCGAUU